GCAAUGGAGCUAUGGACUUCUAAAAUUACAGACAGAAGAAAUUUUUAUUUUGCCGUAUACGCUUCAUUUUCUUUUAAUUAAUACACGAAAGUGACGAUAUCCGUGUACGACGCGUGUGAUCAAAAUUGAAAGAAUAAAACCGAAACGCCAGAAGUCAAUCAUUGUGAUAUUCGAGUUACUUGGUUACCAGUAUUUUAAUAUUUUAUAUAGUUACAAUAAAAAAUGCAAAGAAAACGACCGCCGUCCAGAAUUAAAAGAGUUACAUAUAUAUAGAUAAGUUAUAUGACCUAAGCGAGCUAUGUGAUACAGCGCAUAGGGUAAUUAAUAUUUAGUUAAAGUAUAUCAAUCAGAAUGCCUGUCGUAUCCCCCUCGAGGUACACCUCGGCCUCCACGAGCCUCUCUGGCUCGUAUCGCUCCACGCUAACUUCAACGUCAAGCUUAGACAAACCCUACUAUAGAAGCAGUAGUGGUACAUAUGUCACGUCCACGCUCAGAAACUCAUAUGGAGACAAAACCACAGAAUACAGAUCGAGGUACUCGGACGUGGACGGGAAAAGAGAAAGAAAAACGUCCCUAGUAGAAUAUUCGAGAACGUCCCGGGCGCCGAGUAUUACCGACUCAGAUAGCGGAAUCUCAACUCGAUAUCGGUCUGAAAGAAGCGAAUCUAGGUCCAGAGAUAUAUCGACCACGAGAAGCGAGAGCAGCAAGACAUCCACCGAACCGAGGAACAAGAGGAAUGUCAUCAGCACAGCUGCAUUGGCCAUGUCGACGGCCGAGUUGUACAAUAAGUAUUCUCCAGCAAAUUAUGUGCCGUUGACGCAACGAAUUAAAGAGCAACAGCAAAACAACAGCGCGGAAAUAUCUAGAUCUAAAUCUAUAUCCAACGAUAUCGGUAGACCGCCGGCGGCUGAUCCGUCUAGAUCUAGGAGAGCGAGGAAUUCAGCGGCGACUAUAACUGAGAAACCCGAAGGCAGAAGAUCAAUGAAGGAAAGCUCGCCAUCAUCCAGUUACAGUAAAAGAAACUCUAUGACGAAUGGAGUCAAAGACAGCAACGGCAAUGAUGUGCCUUCUGUAUCCGAUAUAAGAAAGAUAUACGAUAGCAAAAUGACUGUAACGAAACUGCCGGCAAACGACUCUAGAUAUCCAAACAAAACAUCAGUCGAACACUAUUUCAAUAAGUUGAAAGAUUGCGAGAACGGGACAGUCGGUUACACGAAAUUACUAAAAGACGAAAAGCCGGUGCCUGUACAUUUGCCUUAUGUUGAUAAGAAUGGCGUAAAUCGAUGGGAGGUGGGCUCCUCCAGCUCUAGGUCGAAUUCCAACUCAGAUCUUUCUAUAAGCAAGACUAUAUCCGAACCAGUCUCAUUAGCUAAGCCAUUAGUCGAAAAAAAUAAUUCCAUGUCAACUUCAUUAACUACUAAACUACCUCCAGAUCGUUUAGCCAGUAUUAAAAGUCAAUUGGAUCCAAAUAAUCCAAUAGGAAAAAUUCUAGAAAAGUCCACAGUUAUACAAGUUGAAAAUGGGGACGUAGAUCAUAUUGAAAGAAAGAAAAAGAAUGGUACAGAUUUUAAUACUCCAAAAACAAAAGAAUCUCUGAAAAAUGAUAUCGAGAAACAGGUAAAGACGCCAAAACACACAUCUAACUUUGCUUCUUACAUACAGAUCUCUCAACCAAUAGCAACCGGUACUUCAUCGCCGAAAACUACGAAGCAGAUAGAAAUUAACAAUAUAAUUAAUGAAGAACUAUCGAAGAAUGAUGUCCAACCUGCUGAACCAAGAAAAUCAAAAGUAAAACUUAAAUAUAUCGACUCUGAGCAAGAUGAUCGGCUAGUAUUGGACAAUGAUAUCGACUCUCCUAGUGGUACAGGCUUUGAAAAUAAAACAUUUGAACAUGAGAAUUUCCUUAAAAAGCGUACUGAAAAGGAAAAUGGAGAAGAUAAGUCACUAAUUGAAGACGGUGUUAAGUCCAUGGAGACAAGCACUGAAAGCACUUUCAGUGAGGCCACAGAAGAUUCAAGUCCCGAGACUCCAUCUUCUAGAAGGCGAGUGUUGGACCACAAAGAUUUCGACGACAUAAAAGCGGAAUUGGCCGGCGGUAAGAGCGGACCGAGUGGGCUCCGGCGAAGCGCUGAUCGCUCAGAAUCUAUAGAGAAACAGCCCAGCCAGACCAGUGGAUUGAACGGGCUCCGCAACAUCGGGAACACGUGCUUCAUGAACAGCGUGCUACAGUGCCUGUCUAACACGCGGCCGCUGCUGGAGUACCUCGCGGACGACAAAUAUGCCGACGAUAUCAACACCACGCUCUCGUGCAUGAAGGGCGCCCUCAUCAAAGCGUUCGCGAGCGUGAUCAAGGAGCUGUGGCGCAGCGGCGAACGAGACUCAGUCGUUAACACCACCACCCUCAAGUCGCAGGUGCAGAGGUUCGCGCCCAGGUUCAUGGGGUACAGCCAGCAGGACGCUCAGGAGUUCCUCCGCUACCUGCUGGAAGGUCUGCACGAGGAUGUGAACCGAGUGACAGUUAAACCGAAGCCUAUACUCACAGAAAUCGAUGACAACCUCAGUGAGUCUGCGGCGGCUGCGGAGGCGUGGAGCCGGUACGUGCGCAUGGAGGAGUCCCGCGUCGGAGACAUCUUCGUGGGACAACUCAAGUCCACGCUGCGCUGCACGCACUGCCACCACGACAGCGUCACCUUCGACCCCUUCUGGGACCUCAGUCUGCCGAUCCCGUCGCGGACCGGUAACCUGAAGUUACAACAGUGCCUGCAACAUUUCACCAAGGAAGAGGAACUUGACGGCGACGAGAAACCGACGUGUUCGAAGUGCGGCGUGCGGCGGAAGUGCCUCAAGUGGUUCACCGUGCAGAAGUUCCCGCAGGUGUUAGUGUUGCAUCUCAAAAGAUUCUCGCCGCAGGAGCGUUUCCGCGGGAAGUUGAACGUGGUAGUGGAGUUCCCGCUAUCGGCGUUAGACGUGUCGCCGUACGCAGCCGCGCCCGGGACACGCUGCCUCUACAACCUGUACGCCGUCAGCAACCACUCGGGUACUACAUACUCUGGGCACUACACAGCGUACUGCAAGCAUCCGUACACCAACGAAUGGCAUGAGUACAAUGACUCGAGAGUGACCCCGAUAAGUCCUCGCAACGUGGUCUCUUCAGAGGCCUACGUGCUGUUCUACGAGCUCGCGCGCCCCAACUCGUAGCGCCCCUCCAGGUACCAUCCACCACUCACAACU